ACGCCGCCGUGGGCAGGAAGUGAGGAGCGAGCGGCGCCGCAGUAUCCAAAUAAACCCCGACGGUGAAGCGGGGCGGAGGUUGUGUGUGCGCGCGCGCGCGCGUGUGUGUGUGGCGGGAUGAUGGAGGCGACGGCGCGGCCGCUGCGGUGCUUCGGCGCGCGCCACUCCGCCGAGCGCUUCGCGGACGACGGGAUCGUAACGGUGACGUCAGCGGAGCAGAAAAAAGUUGAACGCAGCAUCGAAGAGGUCAUUAGCGUUUACAAGCAAGUGCACAGCGUCCCGCAACCAGCUCUUUUGCGGGAGCAGCACUACCAGUAUCUCAAGAAGGGCUUACGUCAUCUCUCGGAUGCAUAUGAGUGUCUGGAUGCUAGCAGACCAUGGCUUUGUUACUGGAUCCUCCACAGUCUGGAGUUGCUAGAAGAGCCCAUUCCACCUGCCAUCACCUCAGAUGUGUGUCAGUUUCUGGCACACUGUCAGAGUCCGACGGGGGGGUUUGCCGGGGGCCCCGGUCAGCACUCCCACCUGGCACCCACCUACGCCGCAGUCAAUGCACUCUGCAUCAUCGGCACGGAGGAAGCGUACAACGUCAUCAACAGAGAGAAGCUUUUGGACUUCCUGUGGUCGGUGAAGCAGCCAGAUGGUUCCUUUGUGAUGCACGCAGGAGGGGAGGUGGACGUCAGGAGUGCGUAUUGUGCGGCAUCUGUAGCAUCACUCACAAAUAUCCUCACACCCCAACUCUUCGAGGACACACCAAGCUGGAUCCUUAGGUGUCAGAACUGGGAGGGUGGUCUUGGGGGAGUGCCGGGCUUGGAGGCCCAUGGUGGCUACACCUUCUGUGGCACAGCUGCCAUGGUCAUCCUGGGCAAGGAACACAUGCUGGAUCUCAAAGCCUUACUGAGGUGGGUGGUCAGCAAACAGAUGCGCUUCGAGGGAGGCUUCCAGGGCCGCUGUAACAAACUGGUGGACGGCUGCUACUCCUUCUGGCAGGCCGGGCUUCUGCCCCUCCUCCACAGAGCCUUCUUCAGAGAAGGGGAAUCGGAGCUGAGUCGGCAGAGGUGGAUGUUUGAGCAGCAGGCCCUGCAGGAGUACAUACUCCUGUGCUGUCAGAACCCGGCGGGAGGUCUUCUGGAUAAGCCUGGCAAAUCCAGAGACUUUUACCACACCUGUUACUGUCUAAGUGGCCUCUCCAUAGCUCAGCACUUUGGGAAUGUGGACGUCCACCAUGAGCUCAUCCUUGGCAAGGAGGAGAACAGACUGGCGCCGACCCAUCCAGUUUACAACAUUUGCCCGGAGAAGGUGGCCCACGCCCUGCAACACUUCCACCAGCUGCCUGUCCCCGUGGCCCGCAGGACACACGGAGCCUCCAGCGCCGGCACACCGACACACACCACCCCUGCUUUUGGCUCCGCCGACGAGCAAUGACGAAGUCCCGCGGGAGCCAACACACACCAGCCUGCCGACUCCAUCCAGGGAACGAACUGGAUCCAGUUUACAGCAGUCGGGUCCAGAUGCGAGGCCGAGCCCGUGCGCUGGCUGAAUGGCUGACCCUCGGCAGAAGUGAAGGUUGGGAAUAUGGAGCUUUGCCUGAAUAAAAGUGGAGUUUUAUGGGAA